AUGGAUUUUGGAAGAAAAAGAACUCAAAAGUACACUUUCAAAAGUCCAAAAUUGGAAUAUUUAAGAGAGCUAGGAUCUUUGGUGGUUAAUCCUGAAGACUUCAAAGGAAGAUAUGGGAGACUUCUACCUCUUUUGAAGACCAACAUGAUGGAGGGGAUUCUUGGUACGUUGGUUCAAUUCUAUGAUCCAUUGUACUGGUGCUUUACCUUUCCAGAUUAUCAGCUUGUACCUACCUUGGAGGAGUUUUUUCACUUGAUUGGCCUACCCAUCCAUGAUCAAGUUCCCUUUUCUGGUUUGGAAGAAAUUCUAAAGCAUCAAGAUAUUGCAGAAGCUACUCAUUUAAAUAUGUCUGAGAUCAAAGCUAAUCUAACUACAAAAGGAGGAAUUCUUGGCUUGCCUGCUAUGUUCUUGAUAGAGGAAACUCGUUAUUUUGCUAGCAUGAAUAGUAUGGAUGCUUUUGAGGUUAUUCAUGCCUUGCUCAUCUAUGGAUUGUUCCUUUUCCCUAAUGUUGAUGACUUUGUUGACAUUAAUGCUAUCAAAAUAUUCUUAAUUAGAAAUCCAGUUCCUACCUUGCUUGUAGAUGUUUACCAUUUAGUCCAUCUCAGGAAUUUCCAUAAGGUAGGAAUGAUCAUAUGUUGUGUAACUCUUCUCUACAAGUGGUUUAUUUCUCACUUGACUCGAUCUACUGCCUUUUGGGACCUUAAGGAUGGGGGCAUUAACUACAACCCGAUUUUGGCUCGCCGUCAGUUUGGAUACCCAAUGAAGGACAAGCCCAACACCAUCUUCUUAGAGAGUUUCUUCUUCAAGGAAGGAGAUGACAACGAAGCAUUCAAAGAAAAGAUUGUGCAUGCCUGGCGCCACGUCCAUAAGAAAAGAAGAGAAGUUCUAGGAAAGCUAGGUUACGUCUCUUUGGAGCCUUAUCUCCAAUGGGUGCAAGCUAGGGCCGUCAAUUUGAAAAUGCCUUAUCCUCGACAAGAGCCUUUGUCUUUAACUGUUAAAGAACCUUCUCUCAUUUUCAUGACUGACACGGAGAAACUCAAGAUUGCUUUGACUAGGGUGCAACAAGAAAGGGAUGCUUGGAAGAAUAAGUAUCAGAUCGUCCAUGCAGAGAAUGAAGAGCUUCAAAGACACUUGAAGCAGAAGAAUGAUGAAGAGCUUGCUAAUAAGAAAAGAAAGGUGCAAAAGGAUUUAUUUUCCUUUAACAUUGUUCCAGUUCUUGGUUCAGAUAAUCGUCCUACCUCGGGUGCUUGGAAGAUGAUCGUCGACAAGCUAGUGAUUGAAAAAACUCAGAUGAAGGACCGAAUCAAGGAGCUUAAUAGGAAGUUACAAAGAGGGAUUAGAUCGCCUUCUCAGCAACUUCUUUAG